CUCUCUCAAAACACAAAUAAUACCAAUUUUGCGUCUUGCGUGUUGCGAUAUUGCUCUAAAAACUUUCCAGAAGAAUCUUUAAUUAAUAUCAAAGUAAUUAAUAAUAAUAUAUCUCAACAAUUACCAUAUUCAAUCAAAAGCUCAUAACUACACCAACAUAAUAAUUUGACAACCCAAUUUUAAAUUAUUACAUUAAAAAGAACAAAUUAACUUCGUUGUGUACGUGUGUGUGUAUUUUUUUUAACAAAAAAAAAAUGUCUCUUUUUGGAUCAAUCAUGGGUGAUUUUGAAGACGAUCCAAUAUUUGGAUCUCACAUGCAGUCAAUGCAACAUAUGAGCAGCAUGAUGAACUCAAUGUUCAAUCCAUUUGGAAUGAUGGGACAAUCACAAAUGAUGCUCAAUGGACAUGCAGGACAACAACAACAACAAUUACAAUUACAACAUCAACAUCAACAACAACAUCAACAACAGCUACAAUUACAGCAUCAACAACAAAAUCAAAUGAUGCCAUUUGGUUUUCCAAUGGCUCCAUUUGGCAUGGGCGAUAUGUUUUCUGGUUUUAACAAUAUGGCAUCUGCUGGUGGAUCACAUGGAAUGUCAUCAGUAUCAAUGAUGUCAUAUACAAGUAAUGGACCAGAUGGACGUCCCCAAGUUUAUCAAGCAUCAAAAACACUUCGUGCUGCACCUGGUGGAAUUAAAGAAACUCAAGAAACUGUUUAUGAUUCACGCAGUGGAACUAAAAAAAUGGCAAUUGGUCAUCAUAUUGGUGAACGUGGUCAUGUUAUUGAAAAACAAAAAAAUUUACAUAAUGGUGAUGAAGAAGAGCAUCAAGAAUAUAUUAAUCUUGAUGAAGAGGAAGCUGAUGAUUUUAAUAAAGAAUGGCAAACUCGUGCUCGUCAUUCAAGUCAUUCCAAUCAUGUUGGUGCUGAUCGUGCUAUUGAGUAUCAUCAACAUCACAGAAAACGUUCUGAUCCAAAACGUCUUGCUCUCACUGAUGGUACAACAAGUCGUUCAAGAUUGGCUCCAUCAACAUCUAGAAGAAAUACAUCAAAACCUUCUUCAUCUUCUUCUUCUUCCACCACCUAUGAUGUAGGUGAUUCGUCGAGCUCAAGUACUGAAGAUUCUGAUGUUGUGGAAGUACCACAUGGUGAAAAACGUGCAAAAUCACCAGAAACAUCACCAGUUGCUAGUCGUAAACGUGAACGUAAUGAUGAUGAUGAAACAAGCAACAAACGACAACACAUGCCAGCUGAUAAAGAUAGUGAUGAUAAAGAAUAAAAAAUUCUAAUUAUCAUUAUAAUAUUAAUGUUUCAAUUUAAAUAUGUCCACAUUGUUUAUAACCUUGGAAUUAAUAAUAAUAAUUAUUAUAAAGUAUGGUCCACGACAUCAUGUAGCAAGAUGACGACGUACAAACUUUGACUACCUCUUGGUAAUUAAACCAGGAUUAUUAUAAUGUGUCAAUGAUUAUUAUAAAUAAGCUAGACUUCUUUGUUAUUAUUAAUUUUUUUUUUUUUUUUUUUUCUCAAUUAUUCUUAGUAAUUCAAUUAUUUAAAUGAUAUAGUUAAUUAAGUUAAAUUUCCUACGUUCCAUUAAAUGGAUAAAUCAAAAAAAAAUGUAUUAAAAAAAAAAAAUCUUAAAGUUAAUUUAAAACAUUAUUUUUAAACGUUGUCAUGGAUAAAUAAAUAUUUAAGAUCUGAAUAUA